CUCCAAAAACGUGGAUGAAUAUUCAUCUGUAUUAUAUGGAAAAUGUUUUUAAAUCAAGUUUGGAAAAGUUGUCGGAAGCUUGCUGAUGGUGACGUUCAAGUCGAGCGACCGUGGUGUAGUUCGUUUAUAGCCUACAAUUAGCUUUUUAUUUCUGGAGAUUGUAUUUAGGCUUCAAACUUCACAAAGGUUGUGUUCACUUUUGUCGAUAAUAGAGCUUGUGUUUUUGCGAAAACCCCAAACCCUAUGGGAAAAUCCUAUUGGGUUUUUGUCGAGGGAACCAGUGUAAUGUAACUUCCGGGUUCCGGUACAAAAUGACAUCAUCACUGUGCGUUUCAUGAAUAACUGGAACGAGAGGCAGCAGUUAGAGUUGGUCUUUAAGAGGACUUUUAUUUUGCUAGAUUCUGGUCAUAGUGAAGUUAUUGUGGCUUACUUCCGCAAAGAGAAUGCCAGCUCAGAGAGGAUGCUGUAUAGCCUGCACUGUAUUUGUAGCUAAUGCAUAUAAAAUAAUGUCCACUAUGCUUAAAUUUGAUAUAUGAGUCUACGUGAGAUGUUUGCGUUUGAUGGGAGAUCAGUGUUAAGUUUAGUAAAAAAGUGGUUUGUUAUCUGAGUGGUCGUGGCCUUUUUCGGAGCUGUUAUGCUAGCAGACUGUGGAGCAGAACCCCGGUGAUGUGGAGGAACUCGGAUGGAGCUUGUGUGUUCAGUGCUGUUCCUGCGAGUUGAAGCGAAAACAAAGCCGUGUUGGUGUAAUAUGUCAACAACAUCAUGAACCUGAAAAAGUCCAGAAAUAUCGCAGCCUCCAGCGUCUCUUUAGAUGGGAUUGGAAAACAAGGUAAAGGCGCUGACCCGAAGAGGAAGCGGAAGAUGGCCGACAUCACACAGGCUCUGAAUGCGACACCUGUCGACGUAGGCACGCUGAGGAGGAUGGCCAUCAGUGAAGGAGGGCUCAUGACCGACGAGAUCCGCUGUAAAGUCUGGCCUCGGCUAUUGAACGUCCCUGUAGAGAACAUCCCUGAAAAACUUGAUGAAGUGAAUAGAGAGAAUAAUAAGGACUACAACCAGGUGCUCUUGGAUGUGCAGAGAUCCCUGAGACGCUUUCCUCCAGGUAUGCCUGACGAGCAGAGGAUGGGACUGCAGGAGGAGCUGAUCAACAUCAUCCUGCGCGUGCUGCAGAAAAACCCCCAGCUGCACUAUUAUCAGGGCUAUCACGACAUCGUGGUCACCUUCCUGCUUGUGCUGGGAGAACGUCUUGCCACUGCACUGGUCGAGAAACUCUCUACACACCAUCUCAGGGACUUUAUGGACCCCACCAUGGACAACACAAAACACAUCCUCAACUACCUAAUGCCGAUUAUAGAGCGAGUCAACCCGGAGGUGUACAACUUCAUGCAACAAGCUGAGGUGGGGACCAUCUUCGCCCUGAGCUGGCUCAUCACCUGGUUCGGCCAUGUGUUAUCAGAUUUCCGCCACGUAGUGCGGUUGUACGAUUUCUUCUUGGCUUGCCAUCCACUGAUGCCAAUUUAUUUCGCCGCUGUGAUCGUGCUGUAUCGGGAGGAGGAGGUGCUGGACUGUGAGUGUGACAUGGCCAUGAUGCACCACCUGCUCUCUCGGAUCCCUCAGGAUCUCCCCUACGAGACCCUGAUCAGCCGAGCCGGAGACCUUUUCGUACAGUUCCCUCCAUCCGAGCUGGCAAAGGGAGCGACUCGGGAGCGCACUCAGCAAACGGCCGCGUCCACCUUCACAGACUUUGAGCUGGUCUCAGCGCAGCAGCGGCCCGACACAGUGCUUCGCCGCAGGCGGAGAGAGCAGCAGCAGGAGCAGCAGCAGCAUGGUGGUACCGCAAACCCUCAGCUUGGCACCGUGGCCGUGAUUCGACCUGCUGCACGCCGACUUGUCAGACUGGCAGUGAUGGGCAUCACCGUGGCACUGGGGGCUGCUGCAUUGGCUGUAGUGAACUCUGCUCUGGAAUGGGCACCUAAACUCAACCUCCUGUUCCCUUAACAUGAACUGAACAGGCCUGUCUCUCUCCAAGCACUUUGAGAUGGGCUGCCUUCAUUUAUUUAUAUUUAUAUUUGUGAGGCCUAAUUAAUGUCAUGCUAAGAGAGAUUACAGUAAAGUGUUUUCCCCCAUAGGUUUAAGCUGAGGAUCUGGAAUGUAUGAUGAGUAACACACUACUGAGCCAUUCGAAGUAUUUGUGUUGUUCGAGAGAAACAGUGUAAGUUUUUAUUUGAACACGUUUGCCUAAAUAUGGAGUUGAAUUGUUGAAAGGUUUGUACGUUUCCUUAUUCUGUAAUUAUUCAUUUUGUACAGUACAACUUGUACAAUGGGUUUAUACUUUACUCUUUUACUAACACUAUCUGGACCCUUCCACUUGCCCCUACCCCCUUACCUUUCUGGACCCUUCCACUUGCCCCUACCCCCUUACCUUUCUGGACCCUUCCACUUGCCCCUACCCCCUUACCUUUCUGGACCCUUCCACUUGCCCCUACCCCCUUACCUUUCUGGACCCUUCCACUUGCCCCUACCCCCUUACCUUUCUGGACCCUUCCACUUGCCCCUACCCCCUUACCUUUCUGGACCCUUCCACUUGCCCCUACCCCCUUACCUUUCUGGACCCUUCCACUUGCCCCUACCUCCUUACCUUUCUGGACCCUUCCACUUGCCCCUACCCCCUUACCUUUCUGGACCCUUCCACUUGCCCCUACCUCCUUACCUUUCUGGACCCUUCCACUUGCCCCUACCUCCUUACCUUUCUGGACCCUUCCACUUGCCCCUACCCCCUUACCUUUCUGGACCCAUCCACUUGCCAACAACCCCAUGAGUUGUCUGAAGCUGACCACUUGGCCCCACCUCCUUACCUUUCUGCACCCAUUCAGUUGGACCCAACCCUCAAAAACCCUGGAAGCAUAACCAGGGAUUCAGAAAUAUAGCAUUAAAGUUGUAGGUGUGUAAAUUGUAAUUAAUAUUUGCAACGUUAACAUUGUAAGACAUUUUGAAAGUAAGAUUCGUAAUAAAAGUAAAAAAAGGUUUAUACCUACAAAACAGGUUAUUGGGUUAUUCACCUAAAUACAGAUUCACAAAUCUGAUUAUGGAUUUUCAUAAGAUUACAUUGUCAAUUUAUGCAUGAUUAUUUUGAUGUCCAUCUAAAUGUGCAGAGUGCACUGAAUGGAUAUGUCCCUUAUGAAUAAUAAUGAGACCAAAAACCUUUAUCGUUAGCGCCUUGCUUUUUUUUUCUCUUUUUUUUUUUUGCGGUUAGUACAGCUCAUUAUUUUCAAUAUGUGCUCUUUAACUGAAUAUGAAUAAAUGGUCACAGUUUGUAUACUCUUUGUUUAGGCAAAAAUCUAUAUUAUAUUAUUAUGGUAUACCAUUUAAAUUUGAUACGUGAUGCUGAAAACAGAGCUCUGAGUAUCAUCCAAUGCUCGUUCAUUGAUCAGAUCAGUCUGGAUGUCUAAUACAAAUUCAUUAUUCUUGAAAGCCCAGUGAUCUUUCUUCUAAUAUUUUUACUGUACAAUUUAAUGACACUAACAGCUACAAAGUUUUAUGCAACAAUCUGUUAUGCACAAUUUGUGUUCCAUUACAGUAUAUUCUGUAAGCGGAGGCCUUAUUACGUCUGCGUAUAAUGUGUAAGGAGUAAACAGUGGGCUUGCUUUAGUUACUUGAUGGCGUGGUUAUAGAAUCCAAUGUAAUAUAACAAACGGUGCAUACAAACAUACAAAUAUCUGGUUUCUCUAUUUUAGAUUUCAGCACAGAAUAUCGUUUUCACUCAUAAUUACUUGAACUACACCAACACUCAUUGGUCAUACGUGUUCACAAUCCAUGCUUAAUCCUUUUUUUUCAUACACACUUGAUCCUAAGUUAUUAAUAAACCAUUUUUGGUCAUUUAUUUGCACUAAAAUAAAUUCAUGUUUGCUGGUUGCACUUUGUAAUUGUGAAAAUAUGUCUCUGACUUGGUCAUUCUUUCAAUAAUGUUUCAUUAAUCUGCAAAAUAUGUUGACCAACAAAUAAACUUCUAGGAAACCAUAAA